UUUACUUUGAAAAACCAUACCCGGAAGUUAGAAGUUAGCUUCUGUUGUGGCUCCGUUUUAGCGGGUGAUUUGUGUGCGUUUGUAUAGCAUCCACAGUUUCUAUAGUUUAUUUACGUUUCGCUUGUUAUUUUUAUACUAAAAGCAUUACUGAAACAGAUUGUACUUGACGUUCAUGUAGGUGUCGGUCAUUUUGCCGGCAGAACUAGAUACCUGUUAGCAAGCUAGGCUAACGUUAUCGUUAAUAGCACAUUAAAUUUAGCUCUGGUUUGUAGUCCCAAAGUAAUAAAGGUAGCUUUCACAAUGUCUCUGAGCGCUGUUCACGGAACUCUGUCGAGUCUGAAAUCCUGUCAGGCUGACAUCGGGACAGGUAUGGACAUUGUGACAGACGUGGCUAUGGACCUGGCGGAAGCUCAGGUUGAAUCUAUGAAGAAUGCCAGAGAUAACACAAUUGGACAGACAUUACAUAGGAUUUUUGCACAAACAAGAUGACGAGAUGAACCCGGGCAUCAAAGAGAUGGAGGCCAUGAUUCUGGAGUGUGCCAAGCUGGACAGGGAGAUUAACUACUUUGUUGAUGUGGUGCAACAAGUCACAGCUGAGGUUACCACUCAACAGCCGGAGGCUAUGUUCAGCCUGUCUGCCAAAGUGAAGGAGCAGUUCACAGAGAGAAUAGCCCGACUCUCUGAUGCUGACCUGCACACUCACCAGAAAGUAAUGGCUUUCAAGGAAAGUGUCAAAAACUCUUUCAAACAAGCUAACCAGGAGUCAGCAGAGAGCAUGGAGGAGCUCGAUGAGGACAUCGCUGUGACACAGAGUCAAGUCAACUUCACCUGCCCACUCACACAGGUGGAAAUGGCGAACCCGGUGAAGAACAAGAAGUGUAACCACCACUAUGAUGAAGCAGCAAUCCUGGGCCUGAUCAAAACAAAACACAGCCAGAAAAAGAAAUGCCGCUGUCCCGUGGUGGGCUGUGGAAACACAGAUGUGAAAGAUUCUGACCUCAUUCCUGACCAGAUGCUGAGGAGAAGAAUCCAGAGCUACAAGAGGCAGAACAACCGGACUUAAUGAUGAACAUUUCUAUGGAAGUAAUUAAUAGUUAAAGAAAUACUUUUUACUAUAAUGAUUUUGUACACUGAGAAUCCAGAAUGUUUAUAUUGCCAUCUGUGCUUUUAUAUAAAAUUAUCAUUUUUUUAAAAACUCAGAUUUGUACCUUGUAAUAUUUGCUGCUCCGUUGAAUCUGGAUGACUUGUUAUAGUAUUUCAUCUUGAGAACUUUCGUUGAGUGUAAAUAAAUCGUAAGAUAAUUACAUACUUAGUAUUUUCACAGUCUGUGGUGGCUAGUUCAAGAGUCUAACUGAUGCAGUAAGUCUACUGAACCACGAGAGGGCAGUGUUUGCUUAAAGUCAGUGCAGAAAGGUGCUUCAGGGUUUUGAGACUCUUCUAAUUUCUCAGCUUCACCUACAUCUAGGGUUGCAGGCCAACAUGGCAACUGUAGAUCCAAGAAAGGAUGAUCUUUUACUUUAGAUAAAAUAAAAUCCUUCAAAAAUGGGCUCAGUGAAUGAGCCAUAAACAAACAGUUCUUUUACAUCAGUGGGAAUGCACUUACGUGAUUAAGCCUGCUCUCGCUCCUUGUGAAGGGUCUUUGUUUCAAAAGAAGAAACAAACAAAGGCUGCGUUGAGAUGAAACUAGGUGAAGCUAAUCUUUUAAUAGCCUUGCAUCAGGAAUAAAAAAAAUAUCUGUAAUUGCCCUCUCUCUACAGCGAGUGCGUCAAACAGCACUAAGAACAUUUCACCAGUGAAGCUAUUAACUGGCAAUAAAUGACUGGCUAGUGUUGACUCAUUCAUUUCUCCACUCUACUUCAUUUUGAAUUGCCAUUCUGCAAAUCUAAUCUUGUUUACUACACAACAUGUGAAGUCACUGGUAAUUCCCCCCCACACACAAAACGCAGUUUACUUUGAGCAAAGUGCACACACUUCAGCGUUCACCACAUCACAGGAAGGAGCCGUCGAGCUGUUUCCUUUGUGAGGAUGUAGAAGCGUAAAUAUCCUCGGGAAUCACAAUAACCGUAUGGACACAGUGCUGAGAAAAAUAAACAAUUUCUCACAGAU